ACUCUAAAAUGGAAUCUGGAUACUGGGUACUUUUUCGCUCAAACGUUUCUAAAAACUAAAAUGGAAAUGUAAGGCUAAAUUUAUUGAUGGUAUAAAAAUACUAUUACAAUUUAAUGACAAAGCAGUAUAUGGCCAAAUACGUUUUAAUAUGAGAGCUUAGCUUUAUCGUGUCAAAUAUCAGACUCAUUCCGAUUUAUAAUAACUCAAUUUUUUUAUUGGUAGAUAAUUUAAACUAAUGGUACUUUUGAGACAUAAAUAUGAUUUUACCAUUAAGUUUAUUAGUAUAUUAAUAGCAAAGUUACAUAAAAACUCUUUCAUAAUUGGGCAAUAUACGCAUAUUUAAUAAAGUUAAAAUGAAAAUUGUUUAGUAGGAUGUAUUGUACUAUAUAACAUUAAUGUAAGAAUGCAUCUUUAUGUAUACGUCUUGACAAAUGUAAGUUUUGCAAUACAAAAUCAUCACUAUAACAGCUUAAAGGCAACACCCUAUUUCUUUCGAAUACGCUUAUUUAAUUUUAGUAUAUGUUUAGUAUAAGUUAGUAGUAUAAUGGCUCCAAUCUUUCAACACCUCCGAUGAUAUUCACAUAACUCGUAUGUAGCUAUAAAAUGAGUUUCUGUGUAGUAUUAGAAAAAUAAUUUGUUUAAUACGAACAGAAUUAGAUUUAGUUUAAAUCAGAAUCUGACAUUGUUGGUUACUGUCAGUGAUUGUGCAGUAUGCUAGUCCACCCAGCAUGCCGAGUCAGCCAUGCGCGACAGCAUCGUAACGGGUUGAUCUCAGCUUCUCAGUCGCAGCUUGUGCGAGCAUCGGGUAACAUGUAGCGUAGUCCUCUUAUCCACUGGAUGCGCUCACAAACUUUUUUUCAUUGUGAGGUGAUAAACUGAUCAGAAGUGAAUCAACUUAAAAGUGAACUACACUAUAAGGAUCUACAUUGAAACAGGAUGUGUGUGAGUAAGGCGUUGCUACUGGCUGGUGUCCAUUGUGUUGUCUGCACUGUCCUGUGUAUAAAAUCUAAGUCAGGUGAAUUGUUCAUGAAGGCGGAACCAUUCAACCUCUCUUCACUGUUCUUGGAUACUGAGGAGAAAUCCCUGCAAGACCUCUCCGGCUUCUGGUCAUACAACGAUAGCUCUGAUAUCUCCAAGUACGAGGAUUUUGACCAUUCCAGGCUGUUAGACAGUCCUGGGCUCAAAUUUGACCUCGUACCUCAGAGUAUUGAUGUUAACGACCCCCAAGGGUCUCCAAUCCCUCAUCCUCCCGAUCUACCUAUGUUCGACUCCAGCCCUACAACCAAUGUUUCUGUGCAGCUAGGAGGCACAGCUACGCUCUACUGCAGAGUUCACAACGCUAAGGACUUAAGGGUUUCUUGGGUCAGACGGAGAGAUUGGCACAUACUUAGUUCUGGACCAAUGACAUACACAAAUGACGAACGAUUCCAGGUCAUUCACGCUGAAAACACUAUAGAUUGGGACCUACAGAUAAAGUUCGUUCAGAGACGUGACAAUGGGACAUACGAGUGUCAGGUAGCAACGAGUUCCGGUAUCCUAUCACAUUACUACAACCUUCAUGUGAUCGUACCCACUGCCUUUAUUCUGGGAAGUGGAGAGUACCACAUCGGCGAGGGGAGCACCAUCAGUCUCGUUUGUAUUAUAGAAAAUAGCCCCUCGCCUCCUCAAUACGUGUUUUGGUAUCACAAUGAUAAGAUGGUAAACUACGAAUCCACGAGAGGUGGUGUCACAGUGAGUACAGAGCCUGGCCCAAAGACACACAGUAGACUUAUUGUGAACCGGGCUUCUCACUCUGAUACUGGGAACUACACUUGCCGAGCUCCUAAUACGGACCCUGACACCAUAUACGUCUUUGUUACGAAAGAGGGGGAGAAUACAGCGGCAAUUCAAAGACAGAACGGCGCCAUCACCACCGUUCCACAUACCUGGGAGCUGCUGUUGUUGGCAGUCUGUCUGAUGACUGGCUCAAACACGUAGUGUCUUUAUUCGAAAAACAUCAAUGCUUUUGUAUCAUAUUGUAAAUAUAUGUCUUUUACAAUA